GAGAAUUUUUACACAGAUGCGGCGGAUUUUGAGUUGUUUUUUCUUCUUUUUUCUGACGAAGUACACGACUAAAUCAUGAGUGGAGGUGUUUAUGGGGGAGAUGAGGUUGGGGCUCUUGUGUUUGAUAUCGGUUCAUAUUCAGUUCGGGCUGGCUAUGCUGGAGAAGACACCCCAAAGGCGGAGUUCCCAACAUCUGUUGGCUAUAUUGAAGACAUGGUGGAGAAUGCCAUGGACACUGAUGGAGAGAAGAUCAUGGAAAAGAAGUAUUACAUCGGCACAAAUGAUAUUGUCGUGCCAAGGAAGGGAAUGGAAAUGACGAAUUGUCUGAAGGAAGGAAUGGUUGAAAAUUGGGAUAUUUUUGAGAAGAUAAUAGAUCACAUCUACACCAAGAACAUCAGAUCAGAGUCUCAGUUUCACCCCGUCAUGAUGUCUGAACCUGCCUGGAAUACCAAAGCCAAGAGAGAAAAGCUGACCGAAUUGAUGUUCGAGACCUACAACCUUCCCGCAUUUUUUCUCUGUAAAAAUGCUGUGCUUUCAGCGUUCGCCAAUGGUAAAUCCACUGGUCUAGUGUUAGAUUCAGGGGCUACUCACACUACUGCAGUCCCUGUCUAUGAUGGCUAUGUCAUGUCACAAGCUAUCGUCAAAUCUCCCCUCGCUGGUGAUUUUGUCACAUCUCAGAUUAGAAAGUACAUGGAAGAACAAGAAGAAGUUGAAGUUAUUCCACCUUAUAUGAUCGCAAGUAAGGAGCCUGUCCCGGAGGUGGAACCAGCAGUAUGGAAGAAGAAAAGUAAUCUACCCGAGGUUACCAAGUCCUAUCAUAAUUACAUGAUGAAUGAUGUCCUCAGAGACGUAGCAGCCACAGCAUUACAGAUUUCUGACUCACCCUAUGACCUUGAGCAAGCCGAGUCGAUGCCCACUUCCCGUUAUGAUUUCCCUAAUGGUUACAACAGAGAUUUUGGUGCAGAAAGAUUUCAGAUGACAGAAGGUCUCUUUGACCCUACACAUAUCAAGGAUAUUGGAAGCUCUAUGCUUGGAGUUGGCCAUAUUGUGACAACAAGUGUUGGCAUGUGUGACAUUGAUAUCCGACCGAGUUUAUACAGUGCAAUCGUUGUGUGUGGUGGGAAUUCCUUAUUGAACGGUUUUACCGAACGGUUACAGAAAGAUCUUGGAUCAAAGACACCACCUAACAUGAGGUUAAAGAUUCUGGCAGCCAACAGCACAGCUGAGAGACGGUUCAGCAGCUGGAUUGGGGGAUCAAUUCUAGCUUCAUUGGGUUCAUUCCAACAAAUGUGGAUCUCAAAACAGGAGUAUGACGAGAUGGGGAAAAACUGUGUGGAGAGGAAGUGUCCCUGAAUUCUGGAUGACUUUAUGGACAAUUGAAUGAGAUGAUAUAACUAUGGAGCGAGGAUAUGAACUGAACUUAUUGUGUCAUUCACAGAUUUGAUUGACUGUGUGGAGAGGAUAUGUCAUUGAGUGAACUAGAGAGGAUAUAUUUCUUGAGGACAUUCACGGACAGUUGAGUCAGAUUUGGUCUUAAUAUGUUGUAAGAUGAGAAGUUAAAUUUCAUGAAGGGAGGCUGGUUCGUUUCCCUGGGUGUUCAUUGAUUGGGCCAGGACUUUGUAGAGAGUUGUUUCAGUGGAGAGAAGAAGGACCUUUUCUUGCAUUUUCCUGGAAUAUAACUUUUGUGUGCCUGGUCACAACCCUUGAUAUUGUAUCAAAACAUUUAUGUCUUUAUAUGAAGCUCUGAGGCAUACUGUCCAGUUGUGUCAGGAUGGCUCAUAUCCGUGAAAUGAUUUCCCGAUACUGAGAACUGGUGACUCUUGGUUCCUGCCAAUGCUUAGUAUCUUGUGACAGAAUAAGAUCAAAUUGUCUUUUGCAUUUACUCUGAAUGUUUGUAUGAAUGCAGUAAUAUACACCGUUUUAUAGAGAAAAAAUAAAGGAA